UCCAGGAUCUGUUCAACUCUUCAUCAUGCUCAGCUCCACGUCCUGGCUGGCAGUAACAUGUUGGCUGAUAAAUUCAGCUGGCUCCCAGAAGAUUCGCACUGUGGCGUGUGAAGGAUCAGUGGCUGAACUCCAGUGUGACAAAGACCAGGUUAUAUCUGUGAGCAGAGCUAUAUAUGGACGUAGUGACCAGAAGACGUGUAUCUCUGGGAGACCUGUCCACCAGAUACAGAACGUCCAAUGCUCGAGUAGCUCAGACAAAGUUGUUCAGAGCUGUAACGGGAAGCAAAGCUGUUCUAUCACGGCAACAAACUCUGAGUUCGGAGAUCCCUGCGUUGGAACCUACAAGUACCUGGAGGUGGACUACACAUGUAAAUUACCUGAAAGGAGCUCCCAGAACGGUCCUACUGUGGCAUGUGAGGGAUCAGUGGCUCAACUCCAGUGUGACAAAGACCAGGUUAUAUCUGUGAGCAGAGCUAUAUAUGGACGUAGUGACCAGAAGACGUGUAUCUCUGGGAGACCUGUCCACCAGAUACAGAACGUCCAAUGCUCGAGUAGCUCAGACAAAGUUGUUCAGAGCUGUAACGGGAAGCAAAGCUGUUCUAUCACGGCAACAAACUCUGAGUUCGGAGAUCCCUGCGUUGGAACCUACAAGUACCUGGAGGUGGACUACACAUGUAAAUUACCUGAAAGGAGCUCCCAGAACGGUCCUACUGUGGCAUGUGAGGGAUCAGUGGCUCAACUCCAGUGUGACAAAGACCAGGUUAUAUCUGUGAGCAGAGCUAUAUAUGGACGUAGUGACCAGAAGACGUGUAUCUCUGGGAGACCUGUCCACCAGAUACAGAACGUCCGAUGCUCGAGUAGCUCAGACAAAGUUGUUCAGAGCUGUAACGGGAAGCAAAGCUGUUCUAUCACGGCAACAAACUCUGAGUUCGGAGAUCCCUGCGUUGGAACCUACAAGUACCUGGAGGUGGACUACACAUGUAAAUUACCUGAAAGGAGCUCCCAGAACGGUCCUACUGUGGCAUGUGAGGGAUCAGUGGCUCAACUCCAGUGUGACAAAGACCAGGUUAUAUCUGUGAGCAGAGCAAUAUAUGGACGUAGUGACCAGAAGACGUGUAUCUCUGGGAGACCUGUCCACCAGAUACAGAACGUCCAAUGCUCGAGUAGCUCAGACAAAGUUGUUCAGAGCUGUAACGGGAAGCAAAGCUGUUCUAUCACGGCAACAAACUCUGAGUUCGGAGAUCCCUGCGUUGGAACCUACAAGUACCUGGAGGUGGACUACACAUGUAAAUUACCUGAAAGGAGCUCCCAGAACGGUCCUACUGUGGCAUGUGAGGGAUCAGUGGCUCAACUCCAGUGUGACAAAGACCAGGUUAUAUCUGUGACCAGAGCUAUAUAUGGACGUAGUGACCAGAAGACGUGUAUCUCUGGGAGACCUGUCCACCAGAUACAGAACGUCCGAUGCUCGAGUAGCUCAGACAAAGUUGUUCAGAGCUGUAACGGGAAGCAAAGCUGUUCUAUCACGGCAACAAACUCUGAGUUCGGAGAUCCCUGCGUUGGAACCUACAAGUACCUGGAGGUGGACUACACAUGUAAAUUACCUGAAAGGAGCUCCCAGAACGGUCCUACUGUGGCAUGUGAGGGAUCAGUGGCUCAACUCCAGUGUGACAAAGACCAGGUUAUAUCUGUGAGCAGAGCUAUAUAUGGACGUAGUGACCAGAAGACGUGUAUCUCUGGGAGACCUGUCCACCAGAUACAGAACGUCCAAUGCUCGAGUAGCUCAGACAAAGUUGUUCAGAGCUGUAACGGGAAGCAAAGCUGUUCUAUCACGGCAACAAACUCUGAGUUCGGAGAUCCCUGCGUUGGAACCUACAAGUACCUGGAGGUGGACUACACAUGUAAAUUACCUGAAAGGAGCUCCCAGAACGGUCCUACUGUGGCAUGUGAGGGAUCAGUGGCUCAACUCCAGUGUGACAAAGACCAGGUUAUAUCUGUGACCAGAGCUAUAUAUGGACGUAGUGACCAGAAGACGUGUAUCUCUGGGAGACCUGUCCACCAGGUACAGAACGUCCGAUGCUCGAGUAGCUCAGACAAAGUUGUUCAGAGCUGUAACGGGAAGCAAAGCUGUUCUAUCACGGCAACAAACUCUGAGUUCGGAGAUCCCUGCGUUGGAACCUACAAGUACCUGGAGGUGGACUACACAUGUAAAUUACCUGAAAGGAGCUCCCAGAACGGUCCUACUGUGGCAUGUGAGGGAUCAGUGGCUCAACUCCAGUGUGACAAAGACCAGGUUAUAUCUGUGAGCAGAGCUAUAUAUGGACGUAGUGACCAGAAGACGUGUAUCUCUGGGAGACCUGUCCACCAGAUACAGAACGUCCGAUGCUCGAGUAGCUCAGACAAAGUUGUUCAGAGCUGUAACGGGAAGCAAAGCUGUUCUAUCACGGCAACAAACUCUGAGUUCGGAGAUCCCUGCGUUGGAACCUACAAGUACCUGGAGGUGGACUACACAUGUAAAUUACCUGAAAGGAGCUCCCAGAACGGUCCUACUGUGGCAUGUGAGGGAUCAGUGGCUCAACUCCAGUGUGACAAAGGAAAAGUUAUAUUUGUGACCAGAGCUAUAUAUGGACGUAGUGACCAGAAGACGUGUAUCUCUGGGAGACCUGUCCACCAGAUACAGAACGUCCAAUGCUCAAGUAGCUCAGACAAAGUAUCUCAAAGCUGUAACGAGAAGCAAAGCUGUUCUAUCACGGCAACAAACUCUGAGUUCGGAGAUCCCUGCGUUGGAACCUACAAGUACCUGGAGGUGGACUAUUUAUGUUAUGAUGCUGUGACUGGAUGAAACAGAUCCUGCACCCUGGGCGAAAUGCAUCAUAAUCAGAAAUGUCUACAGAGCGGUUAAAGCAAUGAUUUACGACUUCAUCUCUCUUCAAUAUCUUUGUCUGUUUACUGUUUUCUCAGCUUUUUUUGUGCAUGUUAUGACCUUAUUUUGCUUUUAUUUUAAUCAUCGGUAAUGAAGUUUUCAUGAUUGGGACUUAAUAAACUGGAUUUGCAUUUA